AUGUCCGAGAAAAACCUCCCCCCCUCCAAUGUAAUCAUCAUCCACCCAGAUCUCGGCAUCGGCGGCGCCGAGCGCCUCAUCAUCGACGUCGCCCUGGCGCUACAGUCCCGCGGCCACCGCGUCACCAUCUAUACCUCGCACCGCGACACGGGGCAUUGUUUUGAGGAGGCUCGGGAUGGGACGCUUGAUGUGCGCGUUCGUGGGAAUACGGUCUUUCCGGCACAUCUUGGGGGACGGUUUCAUGUCUUCAUGGCGAUUUUGAGACAGUUGCAUUUGACGGGGAGUGUUUUGGGGGAGUUGGCUGGGGGUAAUAUUAGGGUUGGAGGUGGGGAUAAGGAUAAGGAUGAGGAUAGCGAUCGAGAUACGAUAUUCAUCGUGGAUCAGGUUCCUGCUUGCGUGCCGUUUUUGAAGACACUUGGACCGAAGUACCAGUCUCCGUCUCCAUCUCAGGAGCAGAAAGGUGCGAAAUUCCGCCAGCGCAUCCUCUUCUACUGCCACUUCCCCGAUCAAUUACUCGCCCGACGCAACGAAGGCGGCUCGCUUCUUCGGCUCGCGAAACUGCUCUAUCGGUGUCCGUUUGACUGGUUCGAGGGGUGGGCGUUGAGCGCGUCGGAUCGCGUCGUUGCGAAUUCGCGGUUUACGCGCGGGGUCGUGAGUGAGGUUUUUGGGUUGCAGUCGUUGGGGGAUGUUAGGGUUGUUUAUCCUUGUGUUGAUACGGAUGCUGGAGGGGGUGCUAAUGGGGAUGGGGAUGGAAAGGGAGGGAAAGGGGAGGAGAAGCUAUGGGGUGGGAAGAAGAUUCUCUUGAGUAUUAAUCGGUUCGAGAGGAAGAAGGAUAUGGCGUUGGCGGUGCGCGCGUAUCAUGGUCUUGGGGAGGAGAAGAGGAGGGGGACGAGGUUGGUAAUUGCUGGCGGUUACGACAACCGAGUCCAAGAGAAUGUGCAGUAUCACAAGGAACUGGAUGAACUUGCCACUGGUCUGGGCCUACAGACGGCUACGUCGAAAACGGUCAUAUCUGCGCUUUCGAUCCCCGACUCCAUCGAUGUUCUCUUUCUACUCUCCGUGCCGACCGCAUUCCGCGAUACGCUGCUCCUGCAGUCGAAACUGCUCCUCUACACGCCGAUCAACGAGCACUUCGGCAUUGUCCCUGUGGAGGCGAUGCGCGCUGGGAUCCCCGUCCUGGCAUCCAACACCGGCGGUCCCCUAGAGACGAUCGUCGAGGGCGAAACAGGCUGGCUCCGAGACGCCAAGGUGGAUGCCGACUGGACCGCGGUGAUGGACAAUGUUCUGUACGGCAUGGACCAGACGGAAUUAGAUCGCAUGUCUGCCGCAGCAAAGAAGCGCGUGGAAAAUGAGUUCUCGCUCACGGCGAUGGGCGAUAGUCUGGAGGAGGAAAUCGGUGAGAUGCUGGGUAGCGAACGUCGGCCGUUUGGCGGCUUCCAGCAGGUCUUUGUCAUUCUGGCUGUGUUGGGUGUUGCGGUCGCGAUGCUUCUGGCGAUGGUUUUGAAAGUUCUCUGA